UUUUGCUUAGUUUUAACAAAUUUUAUUGAAGCUCAAUCUAACUGCAUAACUCCCGAGAAUUACUAUGGCAUUUGUACGCAAUUCAACACUUGUCCGCAAGUGGUCAAUGCUCAACGUGCGCGUAAUCAACAAUAUGUGGCAGCUGCACAGCGCGUGUGUGGUGGCAACUUGUUUUGUUGUGCGAUUCCCGCUAAUACACCUCAGCGACAAACAGUAUCCCAGCCAACUGUGAGUCAUCGUCCUUCCAAUCCUUUUCUAGCUCAGACGCAACCAACACGUACAGUGAGUCAGCCUCCGUCUUUGGAUUUACGAAGCAUUUUCAAUACAGAUGGAGUUUCACCACAAUUCGUGGAUCAACGAGCAGGACAGUAUUGUCGUGCGCCCGAUUCUAGCGAAGGAGCGUGCUUAGAAAUCAACAGUUGCGAACCGUUGCUGCGUGAGAUAUACAGUCGAUAUUCCGACCAAAAUUACGUUGAAUAUUUACGCGCAUCGAAUAGAAAUUGCGGUGGUUAUGGCUACGCUGUCUGUUGUCCCUCUGCUGUGGCGAGUAAUGUUGCACCAUCACGGCCGGCACCGAAUCCAGCACCAAGUCCAUCAACCGGCUCAGCAGGUGGCUGUGGCGCUGUUCUACGUUCAUUUAAGAAGAUUGUCGGCGGAAAAGCGAGUAAAAUAAGUGACUGGCCAUGGGCGGCCUUGUUAGCCUAUCCGGCGCUGAGUUCUGGUUCGCCAUUCAAAUGCGGUGGUGCGCUGGUCUCAUCUCGGCAUGUGGUCACAGCGGCGCAUUGUAUACGAAAUGAUUUAUCUUUCGUACGUCUGGGUGAAUAUGAUUUGAGUACAGACACAGAGACACGCCAUCAGGAUGUACGCGUAGCAAGG